AUGCCAGCAAUACCAGAGGAAUAUUCUUCUGACUUAAGUUACAACGGUGAACUGUUAGGAAAUGGAUAUCAAAAUAACGAACGAAAUUUCCCAAAUGAUAUUGUAAUAUCAGGCUUUUCAGGACGUUUUCCUGAGAGUUCUAAUGUUGAAGAAUUCAGGAAUAAUCUCUUCAACGGUGUUGACAUGGUAAACGAUGAUCCACGUCGCUGGCCUAAGGGUCUGUACGAUCUACCUCCGCGCAUGGGAAAAAUCAAACAGGAAGAUUUGGAAAACUUUGACCACACUUUCUUUGGCGUUCACCAGAAGCAAGCUGAAGGUAUGGAUCCUGUUCUUCGGAUGCUUCUUGAGACUACCUAUGAGGCUAUCGUUGAUUCAGGCUACAACCUUCAGGAAUUACGUGGUUCUCGUACUGGCGUAUACGUCGGUGUCUCUUCAUCAGAGGCAGAAGAGUACUGGAGCAGUGAUCCAGAUUUGGUUAGUGGAUACGCCUUGACGGGAUGUGCUAGAUCAAUGUUUGCCAAUCGCCUCUCAUUCACAUUUGAUUUUCGUGGACCAAGUCAUGCCGUUGAUACAGCAUGCUCUAGUUCUCUCUACGCAAUGACUCAAGCUGCUCAGGAUAUGCGCGCGGGACGAUGCGAUGCUGCCAUUGUGGCCGGAGCUAAUGUCUUUCUCAAACCCAUUUGGAUGCUACAAUUUAAGAAGUUGAACCUACUAAGUCCUGAUGGAGUAUGCAGGGCCUUCGAUGAGUCUGUAAAUGGGUAUGUACGAGCAGAUGGAUGUGUGGUAAUAUUCCUGCAGAAAGCUAAAGAUGCUCGUCGUAUUUAUUCAACAAUUAUUAACAUACAAUCAAAUACAGAUGGUACCAAAGAGGAAGGUAUUAUGUAUCCCAAGAGUGUGAUGCAGAAGGAACUAAUUAAGCACACUUUUGAGGGUACUAAUCUCAAUCCGCAUGAUGUUGUAUACGUUGAAGCUCAUGGGACAGGAACUAAAGCUGGUGAUCCACAAGAAGCCAAUGCAAUUUGUGAUUUCUUUUGCAAGGAUCGUCAAACCCCGCUUCUUAUUGGUUCAGUUAAAUCCAAUAUGGGCCACUCUGAACCAGCAUCUGGGUUGUGUUCCAUUGCUAAAAUGCUUAUUGCCAUGGAAGAGGGUGUUAUUCCGGGGAAUUUGCACUACAAAAAUGCAAAUCCAGAAAUUUAUGGUCUAUUUGAUGGGCGUUUAAAGGUUGUAGAUAAGAACACACCAUGGAAUGGAGGGAUCGUUGCUUUUAAUAAUUUUGGAUUUGGCGGUGUAAAUGCUCACCUUAUUAUGAAGUCUUAUUCAAAGCCAAAGAAAACAAACCAAAAUGAUGGAUUUCCACGUUUAGCAGUGGUGUCAGGACGUACCAUUGAUGCUGUGAAAACUCUCUUGGAUGACAUUGAGGCUCAUGCUGAGGAUGAGGAAUAUUUAGCAUUAAUUAAUGAAAUUCAUGCCAGAAACAUCCCCCUACAUAACUAUCGAGGAUACAUAGUUGUGAGCAAAGGUCAGCCUAUUCAUGAUGUGAUUGAAACCACUGAAGCAAAACGUCCUCUGUGGUUCAUCUACUCAGGUAUGGGCUCACAGUGGGCCUACAUGGCCAAGGAACUGAUGCAAAUUGAAGUCUUCAGCAAAAGUAUCCAUCGAUGUGCUGAAGUGUUGCACCCCGAAGGCAUUGAUCUCAUUGAAGUUGUAACCAGAAUGGAUAAAUCUCGCUUCGAUGUUUUAUAUAGUUUCAUUUCAAUUACCUCACUGCAAAUUGCUCUAACUGAUCUCUUGACACACCUGAGGAUUGUGCCUAAUGGAAUCAUUGGACAUUCUAUUGGAGAACUCGGAUGCGCCUAUGCUGAUGGAUGUCUUACACUGGAACAGACCAUUCUAGCAGCAUACUGGCGAGGAAAAAGCAUCAUAGACUGUAACUUGAUUCCCCGAAUGAUGGCUUCUGUUGGUCUAUCUUGGGAAGAAUGCUUGAAACGCCUACCUGUGGAUAUCGUGCCAGCCUGCCACAACAGCGCAGAUAAUGUUACUAUAUCUGGACCUGUAGAAUCCGUCAAAAAAUUCGUAAAAAUUCUCGAGACAGAAGGAAUAUUUGCAAAAAUUGUUGAUUCAUCAGGUAUAGCUUUCCACAGCAAGUACAUGGCAGAUGUAGGUCCAAUCCUUAAAAAAUCUCUGGAUAAAAUUAUUCCCAAUCCUAAAAAUCGUACAGAAAAAUGGAUUAGUUCGAGUAUCCCGAAAACUGCAUGGAAUACACUGAUGGCCAUGCAAAGUUCUUCGGCUUAUCAUGUGAACAACCUUCUAUCUCCUGUUCUGUUCCAUGAAGCAGUUCAGAAUAUCCCAAAGAAUGCUAUUUGUAUCGAAAUUGCACCUCAUGGACUUUUGCAACCAAUACUAAAGCGAUCCCUUGGGAAGGAUGUAACACACCUGAGCCUUUGUAAGCGCAAUCAUGAGAAUAAUGUUGAAUUUUUACUCAACAACAUAGGGAAACUCUAUGCAGCUGGAGCUCAGCCAGUUGUUAACAGACUUUUUCGUCCAAUAUCAUUUCCUGUGGGACGUGGCACACCGAUGCUAAAUUCGAAGAUUAAAUGGGAUCACUCACAGAAGUGGAUAGUCCCAUACUAUGGCUCAGGUGGCACGUCUUGGCAAACAGUUGUGAAUUUCAAUGUUUCCAAUGAGGAAGAUUCCUUCCUGUUGGGACAUAUCAUUGACGGACGUGCUAUUUUCCCUGCCAUGGGAUAUAUUACUCUUGCUUGGCGCCAAUUUGCAAGGACUCAGGGAAAUACCUACGAUCGUUUACGGGUGGUCCUAGAAGAUGUAGUCUUCCACCGUAUGAUCAUCUUACCUGCAGAUGGUUCUCUGCAAUUUGGCAUUAAUUUUCUUGAUGGUUCUGGGAAAUUUGAAAUAUGCGAAGGUGGUACUGUAGUCAUGUCAGGAACUAUCCGAUCUUCAAAUCACACAGUUCAGGAAGAAUUGCAAAGUGAUCAAAUUCCUGAGUCCAAAACUGGCUUACCAUUAAUUGCCAAUGAUGUUUACAAGGAACUGCGUCUUCGUGGCUAUGAUUAUAGAGGACAGUUUCGUGGUGUAGUCCAGGUUGAUCCUAAUGCAGAAACAGGUAAAUUAUUAUGGGCUAAGAAGAAUUGGGUAACCUUCAUGGAUUCCAUGCUUCAAUUUAGUAUCAUGGGGACUGACAUACGUGAACUAUUCGUUGCAACACGUAUUGAUAAAGUUAUUAUUGAUCCAAUGAAGCACUUGGAAUUAGCUUCCAACAUAGAUGAAGGAGAAAGAGCAAUUUUCCCAGUUCACAUGGACAAGGAUAUAAAUUUAAUCAAGAGUGGUGGAAUAGAAAUACGAGGAAUUACAACAUUCCAGAUCCCUAGGAGCCAAUGCCCUAAACAGGAACCUAAAUUGGAAAGAUACGUUUUUGUACCAAAUUGCAACAAUCAAAACUUAUCCAAUGAUUCAGCCAUAGCGAGGAAUCAUGCAAUCACUAGUGUUGUACAACUUGCCGUUGAAAACUGCAAAGGUGCACUUAAAAUUAAGACUGCUGAAGUUCUUCUAGAAAAAGGAGAAGGAGCUCUUCUGAGUACAGACGUACAACGAAUAAUUGAAACAGAGCCAACAAUAUGCAGCGAUAUUUCUGUUGUAACAACUCAGAGCACCCCAAAACUGCAGCAGAUUGCAACUGAUUUUGGUAUUCGUAUUACAGAAAAGGAUAUCACCGCAGGACCUAUUGAUUCUGGAUGUCAUUUGUGCAUAGCAACUGAUAUUCUCACACGUCCCAAUGUUGAAGUGAUUUUAAAGAAUCUUCGGGGAUCCAUAAAAGAAGACGGCUUUAUCCUUCUUGAAGAAUAUACGAAUAAGAGCAGCAGCAACCGUGAAAACAGACUUUUCCAGAAACUAGGCUUUGUUGUAGUUGCAUCACAUACCAGCUCAAAUAGGAACUAUUUACUUCUACGUCCUGUCUUCGAUAUUAAUUCCCAAAAUAUUCAACUAAUCAGUGUGACUGAAAAGAACUUUAACUGGUUGGAAAAUUUCAAAUCUGCCAUUCAGACUGCAGAGAGUGAGAACAAGCUAGUCUACAUCGUAUGCCAGGGAGAAGAACUAUUUGGUGGGAUGGGCUUCAUGAACUGCAUUAAAAUGGAAGCAGGUGGCAAGUUUGCUAGAUUAUUCUUCAUUCAAGACACCGAUGCACCGGAAUUUUCUCUAUCUAAUCUCUUCUAUUUGGAUCAGGCGGCAAAGAAUCUAACUUGCAAUGUUCUUAAAAAUGGUUCUUGGGGUUCUUACCGACAUCUAAUGUUGGAGCAUCAGCAAAAUCAGCCAACAAAGGAAGUUGAAAAUGCGUACGUUGCUGCUUUAAGAAAGAAUGAUGUAUCUAGCUUGAAAUGGGUUGAAGGAUCACCUAAUGAUUUUUCGAAUCAAAGCUCAGAGCUAUGCACAGUUUACUAUGCACCAUUAAAGUUUCUUAAUUCUAAUGAUACAAUUCUAUCAGAAGACGAAGAAUCCUUUACUGGGAAUGAAUUUUCCGGCCGUGAUACGAAAGGUAAUCGAAUUAUGGCAAUGGUAACAUCAAAAGCUGUAGCCACGAAAUAUGUCGCUAGGAAAAAUUUAAUCUGGCCUGUACCAGAUUCCUGGACACUUGAAGAGGCAGCAACAGUUCCAUAUGCCUAUUCUACUGCUUACUAUGCUCUGGUAAUACGCGGGAACAUGAAGAAAGGCGAAACCAUUCUUAUUCAUGCUGGUUCUGAAAGUAUUGGACAAGCUGCUAUUUCUGUUGCUCUCAGCGCUGGGCUGACGGUUUUUACAACUGCUGAGAGCGAAGAUAAGAAGAAGUUCCUUAGAACUGUCUUCCCACAGCUAUCAGAGCGAUACAUUGGAAAUUCGCAAGAUUGUUCAUUUGAACGGAUGAUUAUGCGUGAAACUAAAGGGAAAGGUGUUGAUUUGGUACUGAAUUCUCUAACCGAUGAGAAACUUCAAGCAUCUAUUAGGUGCCUUGGACUAAAUGGACGGUUCUUACAUAUUGGUAAGUCUGAUUUUCUCCACAAAUGUUCCAUAUCUGCAUUUUCCAAAAAUAUCAGCUUUCAUGGAGUCUGCAUGGACCAUGUUUGUAAUGGAGAUACCGAAACUAUAACUAGAAUUAAAGAGCUCAUCAAUGAAGGAAUCCAAAGUGGUGCAGUACGGCCACUUGCCAGUACUGUCUUUAAUAGUCAGCAAUUAGACGAAGCUUUUCGUUUAAUCUCAACCAGAAAUUAUGUUGGGAAGGUGAUAAUUAAAGUUCGUGAUGAAGAAGAAGAAAAACAAAUAAUUCCAGCACCUAAGCUCAUAUUUGCCAUUCCCCGCACAUAUAUGCAUAAAAACAAAACUUAUAUAGUCCUUGGUGGACUGGGUGGAUUUGGACUGGAGCUAAUAAACUGGCUAAUAUCUAGAGGGGCAAGAAAUAUCAUUGCAACAUCUCGAAGUGGCAUUAAAACAGGCUACCAAUCCCUAAUGAUGCAACGAUGGAAGAAAAUAGGAGUAAAUGUGGUGGUAGACAAAAAUGAUGCAACAACACUGGAGAAAGCUCAACAGCUACUUAAGGAUGCUGGAAAAUUAGGUCCCGUAGGUGGAAUCUUCAAUUUAGCCGUUGUACUGCGUGAUGCUCUUUUUGAAAAUCAACAUCAAGCUGAUUUCGAAGCUGUUUGCCUACCCAAAGUGACUGUUACAAAAUUCCUCGAUGCUGCAUCACGAGAUCUCUGCCCAGAUUUAGAUCACUUCAUCUGCUUUUCCAGUCAAUCAUGUGGACGUGGCAAUAUUGGUCAGGUAAAUUACGGAUUGGCAAAUUCAGCAAUGGAGAGGAUAUGUGAGGCUCGCCAUGUAGCUGGGUAUCCUUGUACGAUCUUCCAGUGGGGUGCAAUCGGUGAUACAGGUAUAUCAAUUGAAAACGGGUUAGACAAUAAUACGGCUGUUGCUGGUACUCUACCCCAAAAGAUGGAAUCCUGUCUACGAACAAUUGAUCUCUUCCUGCAACAACCUCAUCCCAUUGUGGUUUCAUUGUUAAUAGCUGAUAAGAAGAAGGCAGACAGCACUGGUCAAUGGAGCAUUGCGACUUGCAUCGGAAAUAUCCUUGGAUUCAAGGAUCUAACUAAGAUCUCUAGCUCAUUGCCUUUGGCUGAUCUUGGUAUGGAUUCACUAAUGAGUGCAGAAAUCAGGCAAAUUCUCGAGAGAGAUUACGACUUGGUGAUGAAUCUACAGGAAAUUAGGCAGCUUACAUUUGAGAAAUUGAAUGAAAUUGAAAAGUUUUCUUAGUUAUUAUGUAAGGAUGCCUACCUAAUUGUAAUCAAAUUGAUAUAUUUGCAAGCAGAAAAAGAAAUCUUUAAAAGUUAAACGGUGUCAUCUUAUACAUAUUAGGCCUGGUUAAAUAAAGAAUUCAUGAAAAAAAUAAUUAAAUUGCACUCUGCGUUGAUACCACUGCUU